AUGGCCAAAAUCAAGACCCCCAAGCGCGGGGGCGCUUCCAAUACCCCUUACGAACGACCGAGCCAGUCCAGCAGCAACGGCAACAGCAAAUCCGCCAAGAACAACGUCUUCAAGUUCAACACCAAUUUUGGCCAGCACAUUCUCAAAAACCCUGGCGUGUCAGACGCCAUCGUGGAAAAAGCAUACCUCAAGCCUACCGACACGGUGUUGGAAGUAGGUCCAGGCACCGGGAACCUGACUGUCCGGAUCCUGGAGCGUGCCAAGAAGUGCAUCUGCGUCGAGGUCGACCCGCGCAUGGCGGCCGAGGUGACGAAGCGCGUGCAGGGCACGCCGGAGCAGCGCAAGCUCGAGGUCCUCCUCGGCGACGUCAUCAAGACGGAGCUGCCCGCGUUCGACGUGUGCAUCUCCAACACGCCAUACCAGAUCUCCUCGCCGCUCGUCUUCAAGCUGCUGUCGAUGCCGAACCCGCCGCGGACGUCGGUGCUCAUGUUUCAGCGCGAGUUCGCCCUGCGCCUGACGGCCCGACCCGGUGACACCCUCUACUGCCGGCUGUCGGUGAACGCGCAGUUCUGGGCGCGCAUCACGCACAUUAUGAAGGUGGGCAAGAACAACUUCCGGCCGCCGCCGCAGGUCGAGUCCUCGGUGGUGCGCAUCGAGCCCAAGGUCGGCAAGGACCGCCCCAACGUCAGCUGGGACGAGUGGGACGGCCUGCUGCGCGUCUGCUUCGUGCGCAAGAACAAGACGCUGCGCGCCAGCUGGCUCGGUACCAAGGAGGUGUUGGCCAUGGUCGAGCGCAACUACCGCACGUGGUGCGCGAUGAACGGCGUUGCCGUCGAUGACAGCCUGGUUGAAGACGGCGGCGAUGAGGAGGAGGAGGAGGAUGUGGCGAUGGACGGCGGCGAGGAGGACGGCGGCAUGGACGUCGAUGGGGAUGAUGAUGAUACGCCGGCGUUUUUCAAGGAAGUGGCCGCCGCGAAUGCCGCGCCGGCCAAGACAAAGAGCCGGCGCAAGAAGACCAAGGUGGCCGAGCUGGUCAGGGAGAAGAUCCGCAAAGUCCUCGAGGACGUGACGGAGCUGGCGGACAAGCGUGCGGGAAAGUGCGACGAGACGGACUUCUUACGGCUACUGUUUGCGUUUAACGAGGAGGGGAUUCACUUUUCCUGA